UGGGACAAGGGGACUCAGAGGGGCUGCGGGGCUCGGGCGCUCCCGCGGCCACGGUACCGCGGAGGAGAGACACCGACCCCGAGCCGCCGAUCUGAGCUGCGGCUGAACAUGUGCCCAGGUGGCCAAGAAGACGAGUGGCCCUGGCCUCUAUCAGCAGUAGUGUCCUGCAGGACCAGGCCACUGAUCGUCCCUCGGUGCUCUGUGCUCUGGCUCGGUGAGGCCACGCCUCGAGUGCUGUGUCCAAUUCUGGGCCCCUCUGUACAGGAAAGACAUUGAGGUGCUGGAGCAUGUCCAGUGAAGGGCAGCGGCGAAGAGUCUGGAGCACAAGUCCUAAAGAAGUUCUGGUAUGACAGCCCUACCCUGGGACCACAAACGUUGCAUAAACCAACCAAGUUGGACUUUUUAAUGAAAAAUGACCUUACAAAAACAAGGAAAGAAGACAACAUGCGCUGCAGAGUUUUGAAUGGUCUUAUUCAUAAAGCUGUGUUAGAGAUGGCGACUACCUGUGAAGUCAGUCAAGAAUUUUAUGAUCUCAAGCUGGACAUCUGCAAGGUGUCCCUGUCAUCCAACUUUUCAGCAUGCCGUGUGUACUGGAACCCUGCUUCCACUAUGGAGAAGGAAAGUUAUAUUGAAAGUGUGCUGCGAAAGAGCGCUCCACGUAUACGGUAUCUUCUGAAGAGUCAGCAGAUUGUGGGAAACGUACCCCCAGUAGUAUUUAUAAAAGACAAAGAAGCUGCAGCUGUAAAAGAGGUCGAAGACUUACUGGCAAUUGCUGACUUUGGACCUCCAGAAGAGGAAGAAAUAUCUCAAAAUGAUUCAAGUAAACUCUUCCCUUCAACAACUCAAUCUUCAGAUUCACCCAUGCGGUCUAAUCUGUUUGGUGUUGAUCAUGAACUGCUGAAUAAACAGAUAAUGGACUAUAAAAAAAUGAAAGUGUCAAGACAUAUAGAAAACUUUGUCUGGACAGACAAGCAGCAGCAGCAACUUUCUAAGAUUCAAAAGAAAAUGAAAAAGAAAAAAGCAAGGAAUCCUCCUGACGAUGACGACGUUACACCACAGGAAUACUUACUGGACAGAUACGAAGCUGAUUACUGGGACGAUAACCCUGAAUCAGCCUCAGGCUAUGAGCUGCAGGAUGAAUUACAGGAAGAGGUGAAUGAAUUGGAUGUGGAUGAUGAGAAAACUUUAACUCAGCCUACUGGUAAAAGGAAAUGAAGUGAAAAAGCCACUCCCUUCAAAAUGAAGGCUGCCAAUAAUAAAAGAAAAGACUGCCAUAGCUACUGAAAGAUUAAUUUUGUACAUGUUUACCACUUCCUCAUUCAAAUGAAUGUAUUUGCCACAUGUGAGCAGGUUUGCUAGCACAAAGUAUGUAAGAAAAACUGCCAUUACUGACAUUCUGUUAAGCAGCUUUCAAGCUGCUACAGUUGAAGGACUUCCAACCAGAGAGUAGCUUUGUAAUUGGAGCACUGAGUUCAAACUUCUUGCAGUUGUGUGGAUUAUUUCCAAUAAAAUUAUGAUUUCUAUGUUUCAA